GCGCUUCACGACACGCGCUCAUGGGCUGCUGCUGGUCGAGCGAACCGGCGGACGACACGCCGGCGCCUUUGCCGCCGGUCGCCCUGAGCAGCCAGCUCUGCGCCACCGAGAUCAAACUCGAGGACCGCACCAUCAGCGGGACCGGCAGCGUGCUCGGUGACUCUGCCAUCCUGCAGGACAAGGGCUACUUUGAGGUGACGAUCCGCAAGGCGGGCGCGUUUGCGAUUGGCGUCGCGGCCAAGGACUGCCCUCUGGAGGGCCUGCUCACGCCCGACAAGGCGGCGACGGCGUGGACGGUGACGAGUACCCAGCCCGGGUUGCCGCCGCUCCAGGAGGGCGACGUCAUCGGCUGUGCGAUCGACCAGGCGGACUACCCGGUGCAGGUCUACUUUUACAAGGGCUCCUCCCUCGUGCACCAGAUGAGCGGCAUCCGUGGCGAGGUCUUCCCCGCGGUGAGCGUGGCCGACGGCGCCUCGCUCGUCGCCAACUUCGGGCAGGCCGACUACGAGCACAUGCCCAACGGCUUUGGCCCGCUCAUCCGCAGCGUAUCGAUGUUGUGAUCGCCACUGGCGAGCGAACGAGUUUGUGUGUUGGCUGUGUCUCUCUCCUCGGGACUCGAGAGGGUUCGGUAGAGGCGCCUCUGUUAGGGCCCCGGAGGGCGGCGGGUUAUUCGUGGCGGCACGUGGGGUGAACGUCUGUACUAGGAGAGAGAGAUUUUUAUCAAUACCACGAAACAACUCUAACAUC